CAAUUAUGGCUCAAGGUUCCGAGGGGCCGUCGCCGGCCUCCCAGGGCUCCCUUCGGGCGUCUCUCGUUUCCAUCAGUUUUGCACAUCUGCAGACGGCAUGUUGCGCCUUCGCACGUCUCACAGCGUCGGCGCGCUGCUCCUGCUGCUGGUAGCGCGCGGCGCCCCGAGCGCCGGGUCGCCGGCGAGCGGGGCGCUGGCCCGCCCGAGGCUGGAGGGCUCGGCGAGCGGUCGCCCUCGCGAGCCGCAGGCCGAGUUCGGCAGGCGCCAGGCUACCAGCGGCGCGCAGUUGCUCAAGCUUGUGGCGAGUGAUGGGGACACAAACCACCGUUUCGGUUAUUCGGUGGCCGUGAGCUCCGACGGGUGAUGGGGUCGAAUACGACAAAUUUGGUAAUUCGUUGGCCGUGAGCUCCGAUGGGGCGACUCUUUCGGAAUCUCGGUGGCCGUGAGUCCGACGGGGCCCGCGUGGUGGUGGGGGCCUCCGGUGACGACGACCAGGGCCCCAGUUGUGGCUCCGCGUACGUGCUCGACGGUACCACCGGCGAGAGGCUGCUCAAGCUUGUGGCGAGUGAUGGGGACACAAACCACUUUUUCGGUUAUUCGGUGGCCGUGAGCUCCGACGGGGCCCGAGUGGUGGUGGGGGCCUGCGGUGACGGAUCCGCGUACGUGCUCGACGGGGCCACCGGCGAGAGGCUGCUCAAGCUUGUCAAGGCGAGUGAUUUGUCCGCCCUCGACCGCUUCGGUUGCUCGGUGGCCGUGAGCUCCGACGGCGCCCGCGUGGUGGCGGGGGCCUACCGUGACAAUGACCAGGUUUACAAUUCUGGCUCCGCGUACGGAGCCGGAUAUGGUGAGCCACAGCGCCCCGAUCAGCGAUUGCGAGAAGCGCUUGCAGUGGCAGCCGGCCCCGCCGCAGCCCGGCGAGACUUCGGAGCCGAAGCUGAAGCCCGACAUCAUCACCUACGGCACUGCGAGCAGCGCCUGCGAGAAGAGGCGGCCUCGGCAGUGGCAGCAGGCUGCGACGAUGCUGAGCGAGAUGCUCGCGUAAAAGCUGGAGCCCGCCAUGAUCAACCUCGCAUGCGAGGAGGGCGGGCAGCGGCAGCCGGCCCCUGCGACCCAUCAGACCAAGCGGUCCCCUCCGACGACGAUGACUUGCAGCUCCGCGCGCGCGUGAAGGGGCGGCCACUGUUGCCCCCGCCGCGCGGCCGGGGGACCCCCGCCUCGCCCCCCUGAGACGGCGCCGCGGUGCCGCGUGAGGAACAGCGCGCCGUCUUUAGCCACCGCUGACCGCGGGGGAAAAAACAUACGCCACACACAGCCCCUGGAGGUACAGCCAGCUCCGUGUAGUUCAGCCUUCGCAGGUACGGCCGCCCAGUACCCCCGCCGACAGCGGUAACUUUACCUCGCCCUCAGUGGCGGUUAUCUGCGACCCUGGGCGCUCGCGUUGAAUGACGGAUUCGACGGAGCCCUUGGUUCCCUGCGGGGAACGGCGAACUCGGAGGAUAAGGCCGUCCCACGGUGGCCUCCGGCGUACAUCAGGCGGCAGCUGCCGUGCCUCCAGUGCAGCAUCCCCCUGGAUCCCCCUGCCUCGCUGGCGAUGCUCACCACGCCUGCCUGGCUUUCUCUUACAGUCCAUCUGGCGUUGGAGCUGUGCCGUUGUUGGCGGGGCCGGCCCACGGUCGUCCAGGCCUACCUUGGGCACUGAAUGAUGGCCUUCUGGGUACUGUGAUUGCGCCGGAGUGGUUUAGCCUUCUGCAGUCGCAACGGCACCCUGGACUCAUCCCCCUCUUCUGGCAGGUUUGCGACGUUCCUCGGCAGCUCAGCUCCCCUUGCCAGCACACGUCGUUGGGACGGCUUGGGCCUGGCGCCCCACUGGCGACUCGCCCAUCGGUCUUUGCGCCUGCUCCCACCCAGUAUGAAGGACACGUCGGCACCCGUGCACGUCAUGUCGUCUGUUAUUUAUAUUGUUUAUCCUUCCAACAUCCCCCUGUAGGAAGACAUGCCCGAUUUGACCACAGGGAUCUCCAGCCUCGGCGCCCGUGACCUCACCCGCAUUCGACCCCUUUCUGCUCCUGCCGGCACGCGCCCGUGCACUCGGGGGCCCAUCGGUCAGGAGCGAAAAAAGGACCUACACGCACAUGAAUCCACACUGGUUACGAGAGUUCGCAUUGCGCGAUGGUUCGUAUCACGCGGCCGGUCUCGCGGGUCAAGGGGCCGUGUUCACGCGUACGUCCUUUCUGUGAGCUCCCCCAUCAGGAGCCCCAAAGACGGCACCAGGGGGCCAGCUGGGCCACCCUGCGCCGUGCAGCUGCAAGGGUUGGCCGGCUUCUUCGCCGGGCCGAUCUGGCCCUUCGCCAGCCGCAGCGUGCAGCGGCGCGCUUCCAUCCGGUGCAUCGGUCCCUGCCGCCCCCCUCCUGCGGCUGCUCCCCUCCUGCUGCUGCUCGCUCCCCUGCUGGCUCACGUCCACCCUCCUUUUACCUCUCCUUCUCCGCCUGGGCCGCCCGGGCCCUGGCUCGCCUCCCUGGUCUGCGGCCCCACUGCAUGAAGACUGCAACGAGAGCAGGCGCAGGAGGGAGCUGAUUCUCCUGCCCUGUGGAUAGCUAGCGUCGAUCCAUCAGCAAGCAG